AUGGGAAGUGAGUUGUCAACUAAAGGCAAUGUGUAUAGUCAUGAUAUCCUCUUGUUAGAGAUCUUUACAGAGAAAAGAUCAACUGAUGAAAGGUUCAAAGAAGGUUUGAGUCCACAAAUUUGUUGCAAAAGCUUUUCCGGUCGAAUGAUUGAGAUUAUAGAUCCCAUCCUUCUUCAAAACAGUGUCAGAGGAGGAACAAUUGCAGACAUCACGCUCAAUGAAAACAGCCUGCGAAAGGAUAGUCUUCAAUGCUUGAAUUUGAUAUUCGAAAUAGCUCUAGCUUGCUCUGCUGAAUCACCGCGUGAGCAGACGGGCAUGAGUGAUGUUGUUGCCAAGCUUUGUUUUUCUAGGGACAAGCUUCUUCGUCAAACUCAAUUCCGUCAUGGGAUUCAAAUCUCAUACGCUGCUCAAUCAUCGGGUUAUAAUGUCUUCUUAUCUUAG